CUUCCAAGAAAAUUUAUUUCAGUAAGUUGGAAGUGCUCGUGAUGUCUGCACUCUGUCUGAAAUACGCGAACAUAAAGUUGGUUGCAGUAUCAAGCAGGGUUAUCUUAUCACGUGCAAUGUCUUACUUAGUGGACGAUCCAAAUUAUCGGUUCUUAAAAGAUUUAGGUUUACAAAGUACGAAUUUCGGAGUUUAUGAUGGAUCUUGGAAAGGAAAUGGAUCAAUUACUAAAUCAAUUUGUCCGAGUAAUGGAAAGAUUAUAGCUGAAGUUAAAACAGCGUCAAGUAAAGAUUACGAAGAAUGCAUUCAAUCCGCAUCGAAAGCUUGGGAAAUAUGGGCUGAUCUUCCUGCACCUAGACGUGGAGAAAUCGUCCGACAAAUCGGGGAUGCCCUAAGAGAUAAAUUAGUACCUUUGGGUAAAUUAGUCUCUUUGGAAAUGGGAAAAAUUCUCCCAGAAGGAAUCGGGGAGGUACAAGAAUACGUAGAUAUCUGCGAUUACGCGGUUGGUUUAUCCAGAUCAAUGUCUGGAAGUAUUUUUCCAUCGGAGAGACCCGGACAUGUUCUUCUUGAACAAUGGAAUCCGCUUGGUGUAGUUGGGGUGAUUUCCGCUUUCAAUUUUCCAAUCGCUGUUUAUGGAUGGAACAGUGCUAUAGCUAUGGUUUGUGGCGAUGCUGUUUUAUGGAAAGGGUCCGAAACGACUCCAUUAGUUUCCAUCGCAACGACAAAAAUAGUUUCCGACGUCCUAACAAAAAAUAAUUUACCAGGAGCUGUUGCUACAUUAUGUUCUGGAGGCAGUGAUAUCGGAAAAGCCAUGGCAGCCGAUAAUAGAAUUAAAUUAUUAUCAUUCACCGGAAGUACAAAAAUAGGAAACUUGGUUGGAGUUGAAGUUCAAAAACGUUUCGGAAAACACCUCUUAGAGUUAGGCGGAAACAAUGCCUUAAUCGUUGCUGAUGAUGCAGAUUUACAAAUGGUAGUUCAAGCAACUCUUUUUGCUUGUGUUGGAACGGCGGGACAAAGAUGUACAACUACCAGAAGAUUAAUUUUACAUAAAAAAGUUUAUGGGGAAGUUUUAGGCAAACUUAAAAAAGCUUACGAGCAAGUCAUAAAUCGCGUUGGAGACGCUCUCGAAGAAAACACUUUAAUUGGUCCCUUACACAGUGAAAUAUCUUUAAAUAAUUAUAAAAAUACAAUUGAAGAAAUCAAAAAGCAAGGUGGAAAAAUCGAAUUUGGAGGGAAAAUUCUUGAUAGGCCCGGAUUUUUUGUCGAACCAACCAUCGUAACCGGUUUAAAACACGAUAAUCCUUUGGUACACAACGAGUGUUUUGCUCCCAUUGUUUACGUUCUUGAAAGCGAAAGUGUCGAAGAGGCUAUUAAAUGGAACAAUGAGGUCCCACAAGGUUUAUCAUCAAGUAUUUUCACUCAAAGUAUUGGAAAUAUUUUCAAGUGGAUUGGUCCUAAAGGUUCUGAUUGUGGAAUAGUUAACGUGAACAUUCCAACAUCCGGCGCGGAAAUUGGGGGCGCUUUCGGUGGGGAGAAACAUACCGGAGGUGGAAGAGAAUCUGGAAGUGAUGCUUGGAAACAAUAUAUGAGACGAUCAACCAUUACCAUUAAUCAUUCGAAAGAUUUACCACUUGCACAAGGAAUUAAAUUUGAAUAAUUAAUAAAAAUCGCACUGUA